GUGUCGUCGAGGGGGCACGUUAGCACCGUUAGCUUCAGCGUUUCUUCGCGGUUUAAACUAUUUAUUCUUAAGUAUUUUUCUUUGUUUUGUUUAAAAAAAUAAUAAUAAUCGUUUAUUUAUUAUCGUAUUGAUGUAAUACUGAGCUCAGGUAUCGUCUGUGCCGUCGUUCUUGUGGUGUUUGGCUCCUUGUGUUGCUGGUUGAAGGCCUUUGUUUUUAGGCCGUUAGCACCAGAAGCUCCGGUGGGGUUUCGCGCCCCUUUUUCCCGGACUGAGGGAGCUCCAGGGCGGCGUGGUGCCGUUCACAGCUUCAGGACUCACCCACAGGGACUGGGUCUGAGAUUUCUACCGAAAUUGGACUCCGCGCAGCCCCGAGCGGGCUGGGGACUCGUAGCUGGACUCUGAGGGGGGUUUAGCGGACAAGGACUCUCCGAAAACCGAGCCGCCGUAUUUGUCGAUUCGUUUGGACUCAUCGUGGCGAUUUUGGAGUUCUAACUCGGGCCUAGUUCGGCCGGAUCCCUCCGGGGAGUGGUAGUGCUGAGCUCCGCUCGGCUGCCAUGGCCUCAGGCCCGGCUCAGACAAACUGCUGAGUCGGUCUGGUUUGCGCAGCCAACAGCUGCGAUUCUGUAAACUUGUGGGGGGUUUGGGUUUGUGUUGGUUUCUUCUGUGAGCAUUUGGGGGGAAAUUUGUGUAAAAAUGUCUUGUGUUCACUAUAAGUUUUCCUCCAAACUGAACUACGACACGGUGACGUUUGACGGGCUGCACAUCACGCUGAGUGAGCUAAAGAGGCAGAUCAUGGGCCGAGAGAAGCUUAAGGCCGCAGACUGCGACCUGCAGAUUACCAACGCCCAGACUAAAGAGGAAUACACUGAUGAUGGGGCUCUCAUUCCCAAAAAUUCCUCUGUCAUCAUUAGACGGAUCCCAAUUGGUGGAGUUAAAGCGGCCAGCAAAACUUUUGUCAUCGAUCGAUCCGAACCCUCAGGUGGACCUUCAAAAGCAAUUGAUGAUUCUCCAUCCAUUUCUCUGGCCCAGCUAUCAAAGACGGCCAAUCUCGCCGAAGCGAACGCGUCAGAGGAAGACAAAAUUAAAGCAAUGAUGUCUCAGUCCAAUCAUGAAUACGACCCGAUCCACUACACUAAGAAGCUAGUUGGACCCCCCCCUCCAAACUACACCUGCUUUCGCUGUGGGAAAAAUGGACACUACAUUAGAAACUGCCCAACCAAUGGGCAGGACAAAAGUUUUGAGAGUACUCAGAGGAUCAGGAAGAGCACCGGAAUACCGCGGAGUUUUAUGAUGGAGGUGGAUGAUCCGUCUAUGAAGGGGGUCAUGUUGACCAACACUGGAACAUAUGCUAUUCCCACCAUUGACGCGGAAGCAUAUGCGAUUGGGAAGAAGGAGAAGCCUCCAUUUCUUCCUCAGGAGCAGUCCUCUUCCUCCGAGGAUGAGGAUCCUGUACCUGAUGAGCUGCUCUGUCUGAUCUGUAAGGACCUGAUGACCGACGCUGUGGUCAUCCCCUGCUGCGGGAACAGCUACUGUGAUGAGUGCAUUAGAACAAGUUUGCUGGAGUCGGAGGAGCAUGUGUGCCCCACCUGUAACCAGUCUGAAGUUUCUCCUGAUGCUUUGAUUGCCAAUAAAUUCUUACGCCAAGCCGUGAACAACUUCAGGAACGAGACGGGUUACACAAAGAGAAUCCGUAAAGCUGCUGCUGCUGCUCAGGCCGCCCCUCCUGCGGCCCAAACCCAGCCACGCGUGCAGCGUCCUGUCCAAAUCCUCAGACCCCCCAACUCUCGCCAGCAGGACCCCCUGCUUGCCAACGUUCCUCGUCCCGCAGCAGCAAACACGCCCCCUGCUGCCCUGAGCCCCGUGGUCACUCAGCAGGCCUCCAGCACGCCCCCUACUGGUGACGGUUCCUCUGCAGCUGGCAGCAGCAGCCCGGCUCAGUCCCCCCCGCAGGAAACCAACAAGCAGGAUGAUCCUGUUAUAACCAAAGAGCCUGAGGUUCAGCCACAGACAACUGCUGUUUCAUCUGAGACUCCACUGCCAACCCCAGUUAUUCCAAAGGGCUACCAUGUUCCAGUGAUUGGACAACCACACUCUCUGCCUCACCCACUUCCCAGACCAGCACAAACAAGACCUAACGGGCCAAGACCAUCUGGACCCCGGCCUACAUGGGAUCCGUCCUCAAGCCGCAGCCGGGCCCCCAGUGAACGGCCCCUGAGGCAGCAGGCUCCUCCAGUUCAGCCGCCUCCUCCUGUGGCUCCUCCGGUAUAUGUUCCUCCUCUGUUCCCUCCUCCGCAGCACACCAUGCCCCAGCCCCCCGGUGUCGUUCCCCAGCAGUACCCAAUGCAGUAUCCACCCGGCCAGCAGCCUGCACCGCCGUAUACUGUGCCUCCUCCAGGAUAUCCUCCAGCACCGGCUAAUGUUCCGACUCCAUGGGUACCGCCAGGCACUCAGCCACCAAUGCCCAACCCCAUACCUUCCAUGAACCCUGCACCCUUCUUAUCCAAGGAGGAGUUCUACAGACAGCAACGGAGACUGAAGGAAGAUCCCCACUGUCGAUUCGUUACCAGGGAGAAGUCUAAGCUUGAGGAGUUUACCAAUGACUUUGCCAAAGAGCUUCUGGAGUACAGAAAGAUCCAAAAGGAGAGAAGACGAUCCUAUUCUAGGUCAAAAUCCCCCUACCGUGGUUCAUCAUACAGUGGUUCUUCCUACUCCUACUCCAGAUCACGCUCUCGCUCCAGAUCCCCACGCUCCUACUCUCGCUCUCUGAGCCGCUCGCGUUCCAGGUCACGCUCUCGAUCCCGAUCUCGUUCUCGCUCCUAUUCACGCUCUCCGUACUCCCGUAGGGGCCGUGGCAGAAGCCGGAGUUACAGGUCCCGAUCCCGUACACCACCUUACCAUCGCUCUCGCACCCGCUCUCCUUCAUAUAGAGGGCGAGAAGGAGGAAUGAGUGGCAUUUAUCGUUCCCGCUCCAGAUCACCACACUACAGGGGCCACAGUCCAGGCAAGAAGCUUCUGCCUGGCUCUCAGUUGGAAGUUGACCGCAAGUACCCAGGCAGGUACCGAGAGAUUCCUCCUUAUGAUGCCAAGGCUUACUAUGGCAGAGCAGUUGACCAGAGUGACCCAUAUGAGCGGGAAAGAUACCUUGAGUGGGAGCGAGAGUACAGAGAGUGGUACGAGAAGUAUUUCAAAAACUACGAUGCCCCACAGACCAGUCAGAUUAGAGGUCGCGGGCAAGGCAGAGACCCUUACUCCCCUGAGCGUUAUGCUCCACCCAGACCCAGAGAUAACUCUCCCUAUGCCAGGGGACGACGUGAUGACUAUCCGACACAUGGUCAAGGACACGGCAUCCCUCCGAGAGGCCGUCCUAUGACUUACCAAGAGAAGUGUGCUGAAAAGUACGGCCACCUCCAUGUCAACAAUGCGGGAGCUGGGAGAGGCUUGAGCAAAGAAUCCCUAAAACCAACCAAAGACCGGGAGCCAAGCACAAGCACUGCUGUGGACUCCAAGGGUCUGAAGCACAAGAAACACAGGAAGAAGAGAAAAGGAGAGGAGGGCGAUCUCUUCAGCCACUCUGACUCCAUGGAUGAAUCCAAAAAAGACGAGAGGAAGGGGGACUCCAUGCUGAUGAACUCAACUCGUGACGAUGCCACUCCAGUCAGAGAUGAGCCAAUGGACAACACUGCAGUGCCCUACAAGAGUACCUCAGACAAGGAGAGAAAGGAGAAGACCAAAAGCAAAACAGAAAAAGUAAAACGCAAGGCUGAGAGUGGCGCACCAAAGAAGGAAAUCUCUGUGAAGACAUCCAAGCCUGUCAGAGAAAAGGAGGCAGAUGCAACUCGUGAGAAGGCAGCGUCCACCGAACCAGCUAUUAAGAGAAUCAAGGAAGAGCCAGCUCAGAAGGCUGAUACUGGUAAGCCACAUUCCUCUGAAAAACUCAUGCUUCCUCGCAAGCUGAUGCAGUCUAGACCAAUCAAACACCACCAAGAGCAGAAACCCAUCAAAGACGAGCCUAAAGUCAAGAAGGAGCCCGUCAAAGACUCUGCAAAGAUUGAGAAACCUCUUGCUAAAGAUGGCAAGCCAAAGUUGGAGAAACCUGUCAGAACUGAGGAGAAAGCAGUUGUCAAAACAGGUGAGGUGAAGUUGGUGGAAAAACGGAAACGAAAAGAUGAAAAACCACUUGUGAAAGACCCAGAGCUUCCUCUGAAUAAGUCCCCGAGGGUUGAAGUCAUGGAAAUGGCCAAGGGGUCUCCCAAGCCCAAACCCAAGGUGGAGAGUGAGAAACCGGUGGAGAAGGAUAAACCAGCCAUCCCUGCUCUGAUGGACAUAAAGCCUGAGCCUGUGAGAAAGAUCAAGCUCAACCGUGAGAUUGGGAAGAGGAUCAGUACUGAGAGACUUUCUGCCGAUGACUCUGGGUCUGGUGCAGGGAAAAAUAGGCUAGACCAAAAGUCUAAGGCCAAGAUCCGACGGCGGGUGCACGCCACAGACGGCUCAGGAUCCAUGUUGGUUGACUACACCAGCACUAGCUCCACUGGUGGUAGUCCCAUCAAGAGGCAUCAGGAGGAGAAGGCAGACCUGAAGAAAACUGUGGUGAAGACCCUGGAGGAAUACACCAACGACAGUUCCACACCUGCUGAGGAUGAGAUCGUUAUGAUCCAAGUGCCUCGCUCUAAGUGGGAGAAGGAAGACUAUGAAUCUGAGGAGGAUGAUUCCAAGGCAGCAACUACUUCUGUAAAUGCUGGACUUUCUGCUGCUUGUGCUGCUCCUGCUGGGGAGAAUGCUGCUUCAAAACUUACCGACAGGGAGACUGAGAGAACUGCCCAUGCCUCUAAAGACACUCCUACUGAGACGAAACCUGCCAAGGAUCCAUCGUCGAGCGAUAUGGAAACAGACAGGGAGAAAGAAAGUGAGAGGGAACGCGAGAGAGGAAGAGAACGAGACCGUAGUGCCUCAGAUCGUGAGUCUUCAGAUAAGAGAAAAGCUGGCACGCUAAAUCUGGAUAGAGGUAGCGACCAUGGCAGCGAGAGGAGUUCUUCCUCCCAGUCCUCCAGGGACAGACUUGCUGAUAGGUCUGCAUCAUCAUCCAGGAAGCCAUCAGGAAGGGAACAUAACACGGCUGUCCCUGAAAGGAAGCCGGAUCACCGGACUAGCACAAGAGAUCAUUCAGAUUCGCGGCAGAGAGACGGGAAACCAAGGGAACCCCUCAGAAGAAAAGAAUCACCUCCUCCGCCGACUUCCAGGGGUAAUAAAGAACGUGACGUCCACACAGAAAUGGCUAAAAGAGCUCCUGCAGUUUCCCAGGAGUCCAAAAAGACUGAAAACAGCCCUUCUGCGGACAAAAGAUCAACAUCUCAGACUGUUCCAGAACCCAAAAGAACUGCCCCAGAGGAUCACCGGGCAGAUAGGCAAGCACAGAAUGUGAGGCAUGCCGAUGGACGUUCCGCAAAGGAUAAGGAGCACCCAGGACACAAAGCUACACAUAGGACUGCUACUCCAGAACCCAGGACUGAAGCAGAGCGUGUUGGAGCUCAUGUAGAACGAGAGCAUCCCAAAGUCAAGCCUCCGUCAAUACGAUCCAUGCGACUUUCCUCGGACCUUGCACGGGAAACGGACGAAGCAGCGUUCGUCCCCGAUUACAGUGAAAGUGACAGCGAGGCUUCCGAUCCCGAGAGCAAGGCAGAGCUUAGGGAGCGUGGGAGAGACAGCAGCAUAAGCCCUGCCCCCAGCCACAGCGCCAGCCCCUCUGGAAGCCAUGGCCACAGUAGCUCUCCCAGCUCUCCUGGCAGCCAGGACAGCAAGAAGAGGAAAAAGGACAAAAAGGAUAAGAAAGAGAAAAAGAAGCACAAAAAGCACAAAAAACACAAAAAACAUAAGAAGCAUGCUAGUAACGAGUCUGAGUCGGAGCCUAAAGGACAGAAACACAAGCAUAAGAAAAAGAAAUCCAAAAAGAGUAAGGACAAGGAGAAGGAUGAAAAGGAGAAAGACGAGAGGACGAAGGAUGAUCUGAAGGAGAAAGAGCUCGUCUAAGACCAAUGGACUUGAUCUAAAAGCUGUUUUAUUAUCCUUGAUGGUACAGCUAAUAAACUGUAUUUCAGCAUCCUGCAAAGACUACUGUUAACACUGAUUCCCUUCUGUAGUUCAUUUUCUUUCAGGACAUUUUGAUUUAAUCGUGCUAAUCUCCACACUGAGAAUAGUAAUGAUGCCUGUAAUGAUGAAGGCUAAUAUUUUGAAAUUUUGCUAUGUGUUUUUGAUGCAUACAUCUGUUAAUUUCUUUUUUGUUGAUCAGAUUUUCACUUAUCAUAUCGUGGAUUUGUAGAGGAGGCACUUUAGAGAUGUAAAGAUGAAUGACUGGGAGAGUUUUUGCUCUCGUACCUCAUCUCCCUCGUGUAUGUAGAGCCAGAAAGAAACAAGUCAUUAAAUAAUUAUGGCGAUAAGACACUUUCACAACUGGAUAUAGUGCUGUUCUAGCAGGGGGGGGGGAGGGGGGGCACAUAAUGAUCUGCUUAUGAGAUGUUUAUUGCACUGUGAAUAUUUCCUCUAUUCAAGUUUUUAUUUUACAUCACAUUGUCAUGAUGGUUAAUUUAAAAUUGCCAGCUGAAAAAGGAAAUGUUUUGUUUUGGAGAUAAUAAAAUUCAGCAAAAUCUCAA